AUGCCGCAGAAAGUCUAUGUCACCUACAACCAGGUCCACCAGCUGUGUCAGACCUCUGCUGAGAAGAUCCUGGACACCUUCCGGCCCAAUCUUAUGAUCGCUAUUGGUGGUGGUGGUUAUGUUCCUGCCCGUAUCCUCCGUUCGUUCCUUAAGCGUGCCGGCGAGCCCAACAUCCCCAUUCAGGCCAUCGGCCUGUCUCUCUACGAGGACCUUGGCCGCGGCGACCCUGAGGAGGUUCCCGGAACCAAGGUGACCCGGACACAAUGGCUUGAUCUCAGCUCCCUGGAGAUGGCCAAUCUGAUUGGCAAGAACAUCCUGAUCGUGGACGAGGUUGAUGAUACCCGGACAACCCUGGAAUAUGCCGUCCGUGAGCUGCAGAAGGAUGUCGAGCUUGCUCAGAAGCAGCUCGGCCGCGAGGGCGAGCAGACCAACUUCUUCGUUUUCGUUCUUCACAACAAGGAUAAGUCGAAGAAGGGAGAGUUGCCCAAGGACAUGAUGGAAUCGGGCCGCUAUCACGCCUCCGUCACCACCGACGAUGUGUGGAUUUGCUAUCCUUGGGAAGCCAAGGACAUUGAGGAGCACGACCGACUGGCCAAGGAGAACCCUCUCGUUUAG